GUGUAUUCCAGGUGACAGGUGCUGGAGGUUCACCUGGUAACUUGUGGCAACUGACAACUGGAUGUGGUUUUGGUCCCCACCAGCACCACCUGCCUCAGUAUUGCGAAGGAUACCACUAGAGCAGCAGCAAGCGUUUCUCUCAGGAAGAAAUAGUUGAAGAAGCAGCGGAGGAUGUUGUUGUGGUGGUUAUUGGUGGUGGUGCUGGUGGCGCCCCUGGACGCUCAGGUCAAGUUCCCGGGAAGCAGGCCAGGAAGCAGACCACCAGCUCAACAAGGUGGCUGUAACUGCGUGUUCCUUGUGCGCUGCGCUCUAUACCUUGACCAGAUCCAGCAAGGCUGUGACCUGGGUGGUGGUGUUGCAGGGGUCUGCUGCCCUGUGUCUGCUGCUGCCGCUGGUUCUUCAACAGGAAGCGUCACCACCAGGAGGAUUUUCUCCCCUGCAAGUGUCAGUGCCAGUCUACCAUCUAUGGACUCCGCCAAGAUGGCGCAGUCGUUCAGUGCUGGACUCAACUUUGCCAACACUAUUAAUCAAAUCGAAAAGAACCUUAUACAGAACUCCGUCGUCCUGCCAGUGUUCUCGCCGGCUGGUCAACAUCUUCGAGUCUUCAUCAUUGACGAAGGAGCAAAAAUAAUGGAUCGCAACGCCAUGGCCAUUAUCACCGCCUCUAAGCAACUAGUAGAUGAUUUUACUUUAACACGGAAUCAAGGAUCAUUUGGUCUGAGGAACAUGCCGGUGAGCGGUACAAGUCUUGAAAGCUUGUGUCCUCAGGUUCCCACCUGCCCCAAUCCCAACUCCAAGUACCGUACUGCUGAUGGAUCUUGCAACAACCUUGCUAACCCCAUCUGGGGCAAGAGCAACACUCCCAACCAGAGGAUCUUACCACCAACUUAUGAUGACGGAGUGUUUGAACCUCGCUCCAGAGCAGUUGAUGGCGCUCCUCUCCCCAAUGCACGUCGUAUUAGCAGUAACGUGUUGUUAGACGUAAACCAGCCAGAUGAGUCGUACACCUCGUCCCUCAUGGUGUGGGCACAGUUCAUUGACCAUGAAUUUGCUCAUGUUCCUUUCCCUACUAUGGAUAAUGGAGAAGGAAUUCAAUGCUGCCCCAAUGGAACACUGGUAGCCCCAGCCUUUCGUCAUCCUAGGUGUUUGCCCAUUGAUCUUACUGGUGACCCCUUCUAUGGUCCCCAAGGCAGAACCUGCAUGAACUUCGUCAGGAGUAUGGUCGCCGUGGGCGCUGGAUCAGAAUGUGUCUUUGGCUAUGCUGAGCAGCUGAAUCAACUUACACACUGGAUAGACGGCUCUGUGAUAUACGGCUCCACUGCUGACCAGAUGCGGAACCUAAGGGCAUUAAGGAACGGACUCAUGAAGAUCUCUGGUAACAACCUCCUACCCAUCAACAGCAACCAGGGAGGAGACUGCGAGGCUCGGGAACGUGGUGCUCUCUGUUUUACAGCAGGUGACUCACGAGUGAACGAGCAGCCUAGCUUGACCGGUCUUCACACCCUGUGGGUGAGACAACACAACCGUGUAGCAGGAGAACUUCAGAAACUGAACCCCCAGUGGUCAGACGAGGCUGUCUUCCAGGAGACCCGCAGGAUCAUUAUUGCCCAGGAACAACACAUCAUUUUCAACGAGUGGCUCCCCAUCAUCAUAGGAAAAGACUUUAUGAAAGCCUUUGGUCUGAAUACACUUUCAUCAGGCUUCAGCAACGACUACAACCCCGGCAUCAACCCCAACAUGAACAAUGAAUUCUCCGCAGCAGCCUUCAGGUUUGGACACACCCUGGUGCAGGGAACUCUUCGAUUGUUUAAGACAAAUGGCGGUGUUGACACCAUCAGGCUCCGCGACCACUUCAACUCUCCUCAUCUUAUAGAAUUAGAAAAUCGACUGGACGACAUUGUUCGAAGCUUCACCCAACUUGCUAUACAAAAGUUUGACUCGUUCAUCACGCAGGAUUUGUCGAACCAUUUGUUCCAGACUCCCAGGUUUAACUCUGGAAUGGACUUGAUGAGUCUGAAUAUUCAACGUGGCCGCGACCACGGCAUCGGCACCUACAACAACUUCAGAGAGAUCUGUGGUCUGCCACGCGCCCGUACCUUCAACGACCUCACUGAUCAGAUCAAUCCUGAGAACGUUCAAAAACUGGCCAGAGUUUACAAGAGUGUUGAUGAUAUUGACUUCUUCGUGGGUGGAAUCACUGAGAGGUCUGUCCCUGGCAGUCUCCUGGGCUGGACCUUCCUCUGUGUCGUGGGAGACCAGUUCGCCAGACUCAAGAAGGCAGAUCGAUACUUCUACGACCUCGCAGGACAACCAGGCUCCUUUAACGAAGCUCAGUUGCAACAGAUCCGUCUUUCCUCUUGGGCCAGGAUCAUGUGUGACAACUCCAACGUUGACGCCGUCCAGCCACUCGCUUUCAGGCAGACCAACAGCAGAUUUAACCAACCAGUGCCAUGCAACAGUGCCAACAUCCCACGACCUGACUGGACACCUUGGCGCGGGGAAAGAGCUGCUGCCUAGCUCUGAUGGGCUCUAGCCCAUCAAGUUAUUCUUAUGGUUCCUUUCUUCUAGCUUCUUUGAUAGUUCCUGUCAUGAGUAUCAACUCUUCUUAAUAAUUCCUUGCUCUUCUCACGGUUCCUUGCUCUCCUAAUAAAUCUUACUUCCUCUGAUAACUCCUUGCUUUAGCUUUUCUGAUGAUUGUUUCUCUUUUUAUGGCUUCUCACUCCUAGCUUAUUUGAUAGUUUAUGGCUCUUAGCUCCUUUAGUGGCUCCUAGCUCCUUUAGUGGCUCCUAGCUCCUUUAGUGGCUCCUAGCUCCUUUAGUGGCUCCUAGCUCCUCUGAUGUUGCUUACUCUUGUUAUUGGGCCAGUUUAUUGUGCACUACCACCUUAAUUUUUGAGUUCUAGUCUAUUACGAAUUAAAGAGCUCACAGAAGGUUUUCAUUGGACUCCAAUAGAUAAAAGAUAUUUUCUUUGCAUAUUGCUGAAUUACAUGUUCAUUGGUUGCAUUUCCAUUAUUUAAUAUUCCUAUACAAGUGAUGAAAGGAUAGACAUAAUCCCAAGAUUUCAAAUAUUUUAUUAAUAAACUGAAAUUUGUCA